GACCAAUUGCGGAUCUGAUGCCAGCUUGAAUAAUUGAUCAACAAACACGUACUUUCCGUCUCUGUUACACGCUUGUCGGAAGAUAAAUUUACGACAUGCGACAGUUAGUCAAUUAAUCGAACACAUUCGCACGAACACACGCACGCGUUACAUACGAUCGACCCUUCUUUGUAUUGACCCACCCACACUCGCUCCCCCGGGACGAGCGUUCGUCUUCAGAGUGCUCUCAACUUUCGCGGUCGAUCGUUGUCGGGAGGAGGGACAAAGAGACCGAUUCGAGAGAUAGAUCCCGAUAUCGUCCCGCGGUCGACGUGCCGGAUCGUCAGGAAUCGCCGAGUCCGUUCCCGCGACUCGUUUGCGGGAGACGAGGGACGAGGGAGAGCUUCGAGAUAAAAGCGCCCGGAAGUGCGAUUCGGCGGGGACGGGGACCUGCCAGUGUCCGAUCCGGUCUGCGUCGUUCGUCCGGGCGUCGAGAAGGCAGCAUCGGCAUUAACAACAUCGCAUGAUAACAACUCGGGACAAGUGAAUGUCUCAUCAACGACCGAACGAUGACUUCGGACUAUUUUGGCUUGCCCAUUAACAUGGACAGGGUGUGCAGAAUCUGUCUGACCGAGAGCGCCAAUCUGUCGCCCAUCUUUUCUCAGGAAGUGAACGACCUGGCGGAUCUUUCGCACAAGAUACAAGUAUGCGGCUCCAUCGAGAUAAACGAACAGGACGGAUUGCCUACUCUGAUAUGCAGCAGUUGCGUCUACAAGGCUAAUGUCGCGCACGAUUUCAGACAGCAGUGCCAACACUCGGACGCGAGACUGCGCAUGUAUUAUAACAAGCCCGCAAAAUAUAACAUCACGGAUUCUUGUACACAAACAGACUCACAAACCAAAUUUGUGCUGUUCGCGAAACAGGAACAGCAGCACUCUCGGCACGAUUAUUUUGUCAACAAGGAAGAUUUGUCAAUAGUCAAUACCUGUGCGAAUCCGCAAGAGUACAUUGAGCCUACCGAUACGUUUUCCAGAGACAACGUCAGUUUGAACACCAAUCAGAUUCCCAAUUUGCCGGACAAACUGUUCAUGUGUUCCAUCGGGUUCGAGGGAAACAAGGAGGAAGAGGGAAAAGAUUCUUGCAUGCCGGAAGGUAACGUCCAAAUGGAGAUAAUGCAAGAAGAUGUGCAAGACACGUCCAACAUAAUUUACAAAGCGACGAGUCUACAAACCAAGAGCGACGAAGCCAUGGAAGUGAGUCAGUGUAUGGAGAAGAGUACCACGGAAGAGCAAUUUGUCAAUUUGCCGAGUGAUAACGCGAUAGAGGAGGAAAACGUUCCGCAGGAGGACGUUCCGCAAAAACGAACGUCCACGAGGAAAGCGAAACUGUCCAAAACGUACAGCGAUGAGGAUAACAUAGACGACGAUUAUUUCGAGCCGAGUAGCGACAGUCGGGAUUCGGUGGAUUCGAAGUUCAAGUGCAAGGUUUGCUUGAAGCAAUACGCUACACUGAAGGGUCUGAAGAAGCACGCGUUGGUCCACGAAAAGAAGUACAAAUGUAAUGUUUGCUGUAAGAUGUUCUACAAGCAGGAGAACAUGGAGAAGCAUCAGAAGAUACACGCGUCGAAGCCGCACGCGUGUCAGCUCUGUCACGCGUCUUUCUCCAAGCCUCAGACUCUCGUGAGGCAUCUGAAGUCCCACACGGACAAGGUGAACGACAUGAUCAAGCAGAUCAACACGAACGAGCGGAGGGAUAGCAAGGAGCCGAAAAAAGAGCCCAAGCUCGAAGACGACAGCGAAGAUGACGUGAGACCUGCGAACGAAACGGAGGAGUUCGAAGCCGCGCCCGAGAUGUUCAAGUGCGAUACUUGCAAUCAAUACUGUUCUUCGUCGAAGAACUUGAAGAGACACGCUCUCUUGCACGGCGAGAAGAGGUACUCUUGCACCGUGUGUAACAAGUGGUUUUACAGACCGGACACGUUGAAGAAACACGCGGAGAAGCACGGGCACGGAUUGCUCGACAAUCUGGCGGACAACAACAAGAUGUACGACGACUCGGACGACGAGAUGCCGAGCAACAACACGGCGGAACCCGCGCCGGAGAACGAGAACAUCAAGAAGGAAGAGAGCGACGAGGACGGGACCGGUGAGUACAAGUGCCAGCACUGCGACAAGGUCAUGGCCACGAAGAAGGGUCUGCGACGACACGUGUCGUUGCACAAACCGAAGGCCGAGCCGGUGACCUGCGAGAUCUGCAGAAAGGUCUGCGCGAGCCAGGCGCGUCUCGUGCUCCAUCAGAGAACGCACAAGCCGAAGGAGAAGGUGCCGCGCGAGUAUCUGUGCCACAUCUGCAGCAAGGUGUAUCCGAGCAACUCGUCGCUCACGUAUCACAUGCGCACGCACACCGGCGUCAAGCCGCACGUGUGCACAACGUGCAACAGCGGAUUCACGACCACGACGAGUCUGGCGAAUCACAUAAGAAUUCACACGGGCGACAAACCGUUCGUCUGCCACGUGUGCAGCGCCGCGUUCGCCGUGAGCUCGGCGUUCCGCAGACACCUGACUCGACACACCGGCGAGGCGAAUUACGUGUGUCCCACCUGCAACAAGGCCUUCAAGCGACUCAGCACGCUGAAGGAGCACACGUACACGCAUUCCGGCGAGAAGCCGUACGUGUGCAAGACGUGCAGCGCCGCUUACAGCCACAGCGGCAGCCUGUUCGCUCAUCAGAAACGCUGUCGCGCCCAGUACGGCGAGAUGAUCGUCGAGGAUCAAAAUCAUCAUCACAUACAGCAUCCGGUCAGUCACAUUCACAUGAAUAUGAAUCCCGUGAACAACCCUGCCCGGCCGCUCACCGUGUUAAGUCCGACGUACUAACUGAUCCGCGGAUCGGAGUGUGAAAACGUCACGAACUCGCGGUGUUAACGUCUGAAUAUUGCGCGCGAACUGCUGCCACGGUUGCGCGGGCGCGGCAUGCAAUAAUUACGCGGAUGAGAAUUGUUCAAAGGUCGAUGAAUUUCAAGAAUUUGGCAAUACGAGAAGUGCGACUUCAAAUCGACAUACUUUAAGCCUCUUCCUCGUGAGGACUUUUUUUUUUUUUUUUUUUUAUG